CCCCUUUAACGUCGCCCUCUGAUGGCGUCAUCACAAACGGACACUGUGUUCAGUCUUGAAAUGUGUAAAGCGGUUCCCUCUUAUUUUGGUUCCUUUUGAGUUAUUCCACGUUGUUUCACCACCAAGAUUAAACCAUGGCUGAUUACUGGAAGUCACAACCAAGGAAGUUCUGUCAGUACUGUAAGUGCUGGAUUGCAGAUAACAAGCCUAGUGUUGAGUUCCAUGAAAGAGGGAAGAAUCAUAAAGAAAAUGUGGCUGCAAAAAUCACUGAGAUUAAAAAGAAGAGCAUCGACAAGGCCAAGCAGGAGGCCAAAAUGUCUAAAGACUUCGCAGCAAUGGAGGAGGCUGCGCUGAAGGCAUACGAGGAAGAUCUGAAGAGGAUGCAAAGGGAAGAAGCAGGAUUAAGCUCCCCAUCUCCAACCGCAACAACAACAACACAACCCCCACCGCAAGCAAAACCUCCGUCUAAAAAACAUCACAAGAAAGAGAAACAAAGCAAGAUGUCAAAACAGAAAGGAGCACAGGUGUGGGUUGAAGGAUGGUCGGAUGAUGGGAACAUGUACUACUACAACACAGCUACUGGAGAGUCUCAAUGGGAAAAACCAGACGGUUUCCAACCACAAAGUUCAUCCUUUGCACAGCCGGCACAAACUGGGAGCUCUUCAGCUUGUGCAUGGAUGGAAGCCCUCAGUCCUGAAGGUUAUACCUAUUACUACAACACAAAGACUGGAGAGUCCAACUGGGAGAAGCCAGAAGACUUUUCAAACAGGGAGGGAGAGAGUCAGGAGGAGCCUGCGCCCCCUGGAUCAGAGGAGAUGGACAGCUCCAAGGAGGCCCCGGCAUCACAGGAGGCCCCAGCAUCACAGGAGGCAGAAGCUGCUGAACAGACUAGCCAGCAGCCAAAAGUCCCAAAGAUCAGCUUUAGGAAAAGGAAAGCAGAAGCAGAGCCGUCAGAAAAAGAGGAAGAAGAUGAUAAAGUAAGUGAUGAAGCUCCUAAACUGGAUGCUGAGGAGACAAAGACAGAAGAAGAGGUCUCGACCACGACUGCUGAACCUGAGGAGAAGAAAGUAGAAGUGGCUGUAAAGGAAGUGAAACCAGUCAAAAGGGCAAAAACUACCACCCCAUACGGCGUUUGGGAACAGAUCAAAGAAGAGAAGGAUCCAUAUGCCAGUGUGGACCUCCAGUUGCCCCAGGUGGAGGGAAGCACAGCCAGUGCUCCAGCUGACCGGCCACCGGAGCCAAAACCCAAGUUCAAGGAACGCAUCAUCACAUCCCUCGGAGAGGAGGGCGGGCCAGCUUCGUUCAGGAGAAACAAGACUCAGAACGGCAAAUCCCGGAGCCUCCGACAGAGAGAUAACGACGAUUGACCCGGAACACACGAGAGCUUCCAGCGAGGAUGCAGCAGAUUAAGAUUUUUAUUUCCAGGAGAACUGUGGACAUUUGAAUGCACCAUGUUUUUUCACUGAGGCACAGAUUCGUCUUUUGGUUUUGGAUGAACAUUUUUUUAGAAAUAAAUUGGCAGAAAAACUUGAACUUAAUGUACAAUACAUAAUCCUGUUUCUUUCACAAAUCUAUUUUUUUAAUCAUAAAACAUGCAGACCACUCACCACUAUCUGUUUCUGUGUCUCUGUACACCACUAUGGAAGUGAAUGUGUGUAACACUAUGAUAGUCCCAGAUCACGUGUACAGUCGUCAGUGUCUCAGUGUGUUAAUGCGAUGAAUGUCUUCCUGUGGUCUUAGAGAUGCAGGUUCACUGACAGAGCAGUGCUGAUGAUGCAUUUUUGUAUUUUUCUUAACUGUAUUUUUUUAUUGUAAGUUGUGAAAAGUUAAAGGAAUGUUUAUGGACACAUAGCUGCAGUAAUUAUCAGUCAAAAUGUCAUCAUUUCAUAAAGCAGUGUGGAUUGAAGUUAAUAAAGAUGGGAGACGUGACUACCAGA